AUGAAAUCUCGUCGUUCCAGCUGCACCGACUCUGGGUCUGAGAGCUCUGAGUCGGACUCCAAAAGCCCACAGAAGUUUGAGACGACCACGAGGAGGCGGAUGGCAGCCAACGCCAGAGAGAGGAAGAGGAUGGAGGGUCUCAACACAGCGUUCGACUGUCUCCGUAAGGUGGUGCCACAGUGGGGCCAGGACAAGAAACUGUCCAAAUAUGAGACUCUGCAGAUGGCUCUGAGCUACAUCAUGGCCUUGAACCGCAUCCUGACCGACGCGCAGAGACACAGCACUCCUCAGUGGAUGGACUCGUUUGACUGUGUGCAGCCUGAGAACUAUUGCCUGAUGGGCUACGACUCUGUCCCGGCUCAGGACUUCCUCCAGUCUUCGUUCUACCAGCUGGAAGAGCAUCAGCUGCACGCUUAA